AUGUUGCUCCCACAGUUCACUCGUUUCUCUACACGGCUGGCAGGCCCUAUCCGUAACGCGAACAGCUCUCGGACAUGGAGCUCUACCGCUACAAGAUUCAGUGAAAAGAAAAGUGCCUACCGGGAAGGGAUUUCAGCAUACGGUGCCUUUGCCCGUCCCUUUGGGAAGGUCUUCUUGGGCGCUGUGCUCACUUACCAGAUUAUCUAUUGGACAUGGAUGAAGCUGGAGACGGAUGAUAUUAAACUUCAAAAGAAUGAGCAACUUUCUGGCCUGGAAAAAAAGGCUCGGGAGCUGGCGGCUGCUCAGAAAUGA